AUGCUGUCAGACGUGAUACGAAUUCACGUGGCAAAUGUGCCACAGGACAAGCGGACCCUGUGCCCAGAACCCCUAUCCAGCCGCCAGGUGGGCCAAUCUGAUGGAGAAGCGGGCGAUUGCGUGAUAUAUUCUUCCGGUGCCCAGAAAUGCCAGCCCCACUCCGGCCAAGACUGGGUCAGUCGUAAAGCAAUCACGGAUCCCGGGUGUGUGAAAUACUUGUUCAAAUCGGCUUUUGCCCAUAUGGGCAAUCAGAAACGCGCUGGUGGUGGCCACGGCUGA